GCGCAAUCGCAGAGGUCGUAUCUCCCCGCCCAUGCAUUCGGCGCUAGUAUUCCCCGGUUGCAACUCUGAGUCCUCAAGUUGGGUGACGCACCCUUCCCUCUACAUGCGUGACGCCCGAGACGCGCACAUUAUUUUGGAGGCGGUCCGGAGGAAAAUCCUGCCCCUCAUUACGCGACGGUUGGGCACGCCAGAGCGGGAAAUGCUCACCUCGGGGAACGUGUUCGUUUGGCAAGAGGACGACCACGAUGGCGGGUUGCUCAGAUGGACGGACGGGCGCCGUUGGUCGCAAAGUCGUAUGCGGGGCGACUACCUCUUCUAUGAAGAGAAGGCAGAGACAACUCAGGAGGAGAGGGAGAACAAGGCUGCGAGGAGAGCACGACGCGUUGCCGAGCCGGACACGCCUCUUCCGCCGGUGACGAGGCGCAGGGACAGACCAACAAAACCAAAUGGUCUCACGAAGCAGACUUAUUCCGCCGUCGUUCAGCUCCCUGGCAUGCACAAGCCGCGCAAGUGGCAUCUUGUGUCCUAUACACGGGGAGAUGACUACCGCCAUCUUCCCGUCGUCGACAACUAUCCCUACCUGCGUGACAUACGCGUUCCCCAGAACGUCUUUACGAGCACCAAGUUGUGCAACAGAAGCGAUCGCGCAUCUUCCUCCUUCUCGGACACCGAGGAUACUUCGAGCGUGCCAGAAUCGCCGGUGUCCUUGCAGAUGCGACGCCCCGCGCUGCCGAACUCGGAGCCGUCGUAUGGUCCUCCUCGGGAUGGGAAACACAGCUCUGCGCAGUAUUACCACGGCGAACGGACGAGGUCAGGCCCAAUCCUGCUGCCUCCACUGACCAACCCGCUCAACACGGAUGCGCGCUAUGCGCCGCUGACGCGGGAGGACCGUCGCGCGCUUGAUAGAUUUCGUCUUGGACUAUAAUUCUUUCCGAGCAUUGCAUUACUGGACUUUGGGUAUGACCGGGAAACUUGGGCUGAGCAAUUACUGUAUCGCUUGCGAUGGACAUCAGAUAUGGACUGUAGACCGUAGAUCAUGUAUAGCAUUCACCACAAGCAAUCAUCGAGCUCUGGAUAGCCUGAAAGAA